ACGUCUGUUAGCUGUGUCAGCUAGCUCCUAGUCUAGACCUAGUAGAAGGCUAGAUCCUCUGAGUUGUUUUGUUUCUUGUACAUGGAACUCGUUGUCCUCUUGACUUCAGUUCCUUGCUACAGAUCUGCUUCGGGCAGGAGACGUGAUACUUCACAAGCUACAGUCUGUGUCCAGCUCUGGAUUGGUCGGCAUGCUAAUUUCUCAUAGAAACUGUUGUAUUUCAUUCAACUAAUUAUUCGUUGAAUUUUGAAAGUACUUCGAAAUAGAAUGGAAAAUUUCUUCGCGUUUGCGGAUUUGCUACGGUCAUUGAAGACUACCAAGCGAAGGGGAUGGGUUUUGAGAGGCGUUCAUGAUCCUGAAAGUGUCGCUGAUCACAUGUAUCGAAUGGCGAUGCUUGCUCUGACCGUCGACACAACCAAGUGCAACGUCAGCCGGGAGCACUGCGCCAAAAUGGCCCUGGUUCAUGACCUGGCAGAGAGCAUUGUGGGAGACAUUGCGCCGUGUGACAACGUGCCGAAAGAGGAGAAGCAGAGACGUGAGAUGGAUGCCAUGAAACACAUACAGGAGUUGCUGCCGGCAGAGGCUGGUGCUGAAGUCCUAGCACUAUUUGAGGAGUAUGAGUCAGGGCAGUCACCGGCAGCAUGUCUUGUAAAAGACCUUGAUAAAUUCGAUAUGAUCUUGCAGGCGUACGAGUAUGAGAAAGCUGACAAGCGCCCCGGUGGACUUCAGGAGUUCUUCGACUCGACCGAAGGAAAGUUUAAAACCGAGCUCGUGCAAGGCUGGGUGGCCGAGCUAAGAACGAAAAGAACUGAAUGGAUAGAACGCCAAACUACGUGUACCUCGCCUCAGUGAACAAAGCUCUGCCACAGAACAAACACUUCCAACACACUGUCACAAAGCCAUGUUUACCCCAUCAACAUCCACGUUGUUUAUCAUUUUAUAUACAUGUAUUGAUGACCACUCAGAAGCUAUGUACAAAGCGAACAAAAUAUAGGAGGCAAAGCAAAUUUUAAAAAAAGGCGGAAAGUUGUGCGUUAUAUAUAAUAAUAAUUAUCAUUCAAGCUCUGUACAAAAUGCACACUGUAUAUAUGUCGAUAUGUGAGUAAGUUCUAUUGUAUACGCUU